AUGGCGGAUUCUCUCGUUUGGAGAGCAACUUCAGAAAAGGGUUUCUUGAUGCCUGAUGCCCCAAGCGAGAGAAGCAGUGGCCCUUUUGAUUUUUAUAUCGAGCUUUCUCUUUUGUUUUCAUGCUCAUAUGGCAAUGGGGACAUUGCUCCUCUUCCGCCUUUGCUGGAGGAGGAGGAACAAAAGGUGGAGGAUGGAAAGGUGGAUUCAUCGGUAGAGGAUGGGAAUGUGGAUUCAUCGGUUGAGGGCAAUGGGGACAUUUCUCCGGCUCCGCCUUUGCUGGAGGAAGAGGAACAGAAGGUGGAGGAUGGAAAGGUGGAUUCAUCGGUAGAGGAUGAGAAUGUGGAUUCAUCGGUUCAGGGCAAUGGGGUCAUUGCUCCUGCUCCGCCUUUGCUGGAGGAAGAGGAACAAAAGGUGGAGGUUGGAAAGGUGGAUUCAUCGGUAGAGGAUGGGAAUGUGGAUUCAUCAGUUGAGGGCAAUGGGGACAUUGCUCCUGCUCCGCAUUUGCUGGAGGAGGAGGAACAGAAGGUGGAGGAUGGAAAGGUGGAUUCAUCGGUAGAGGAUGGGAAUGUGGAUUCAUCGGUUCAAGACAAUGGGGACAUUGCUCCUGCUCCGCCUUUGCUGGAGGAAGAGGAACAAAAGGUGGAUUCCUCGGUAGAGGAUGGGAAUGUGGAUUCAUCGGUUGAGGGCAAUGAGGACAUUCCUCCUGCUCCGUCUUUGCUGGAGGAGGAGGAACAGAAGGUGGAUGAUGGAAAGAUGGAUUCAUCGGUAGAGGAUGGGAAUGUGGAUUCAUCGCUUGAGGGCAAUGGGGACAUUGCUCCUGCUCCGCCUUUGCUGCAGGAGGAGGAACAUAAGGUGGAUGAUGGAAAGGUGGAUUCAUCGGUAGAGGAUGGGAAUGUGGAUUCAUCGGUUGAGGGCAAUGGGGACAUUGCUCCUGCUCCGCCUUUGCUGCAGGAGGAGGAACAUAAGGUGGAGGAUGGAAAGGUGGAUUCAUCGGUAGAGGAUGGGAAUGUGGAUUCACCGGUUGAGGGCAAUGGAGACAUUGCUCCUGCUCCGCCUUUGCUGGAGGAGGAGGAACAUAAGGUGGACGAUGAAAAAGUGGAUUCAUCGGUAGAGGAUGGGAAUGUGGAUUCAUCGGUUGAGGAGGAACAAAAGGUAGAGGAUGGAAAGGUGGAUUCAUCGGUAGAGGAUGGGAACGUGGAUUCAUCGGUUGAGACAAUUACAAGGUUCAAAAGGCAAGAACAUGAAAUCAAAUGA